AUGGCCGUGACCCCACACCGCAGGGUUCGCCGCUCCAUACCGGCCGUGCUCAUGCGCGCCGGAACCUCCAAGGGACUCUUCUUACACCGAAAGGACCUCCCGGCCUCGGAGUCGGAAUGGGCCGCCCCUCUCCUGGCCGCCAUGGGAUCAAAGUAUGACGACGCGCGCCAGAUCGACGGCGUCGGCGGCGCCAGCAGCGUCACCUCAAAGGUGGCCGUCGUAGCGCCCUCCAACCGGCCGGGGGUUGACGUCGACUACACCUUUGUCCAGGUAGCCGUCGGCAAGGAGAGCAUCGACCUGACGGGCAACUGCGGCAACAUGUGCUCUGGCGUGGGCCCGUUUGCGAUUCAGGAGGGCCUGGUCCACCCGGAACCGGGCGCACAGUUUGUCGACGUGCGCAUCUUCAACACAAACACCGAGAGGCUCAUCGUCGAGACGGUGGAGAUCGACGAGGACGGCUGCGUGGUCGAGGACGGCGACUUCCGCAUCCCGGGCGUCAAGGGCCCCGGCAGCGAGAUCAAGGUCGCCUUUGUCGAGCCCGCCGGCAGCAUGACCGGCAAGCUAUUUCCCAGCGGCAAGCGGUCCGAGAGCAUACAGGUCGACGACGUGGCCGGCCUGCCGGCGUUCACGGUCGAGGUGACUCUCAUCGACGCCGCGAACCCGUUUGUCGUUGUCGACGCCGAGACGCUUCCCGCUCAGGCGCAGACGGAGGCCCGGGACUCGCCGCUUUCGCUCGAGGUGGCCGAGGCCAUCCGUCGACGCGGUGCGGUCCUCAUGGGCCUUGCCGAUAGUGUAGAGGCCGCCGGCCUUGUCCGCGGCACGCCCAAGCUGGCGUACGUAUCUGCACCACCACCACCACCAUCAUCAUCAUCCGACAACCUAGGCAACACUACAAUAGACGAGAUGACAACGACUACUUCACCAGAUAUAGUGGUCUGCGCUUACAGCAUGGGCAAGCCACACCCGAGUUUGCAGCUUACAGGCGGCGUGUGUCUGUCCAGCGCCGUCGCGGUCGAAGGCACUGUUGCGCACCGGCUGGCUCAGAAGUCCAAGAAAGGCAAGGGGCCAUCAGGCCGCGACCUGCCUCCGACGCCAGAGAGGACGCCGAGCCCGCCCUCGUCGGUUGUCGGAGAUGAUCUCAACAACUCGCCGGCUGAUGCGCAAGGCAUCUCCAAGCGGCAGAUCCGGCUCCAGCACGGCAGCGGCGUCAUGGAGGUCGAGACGUGGACUCGCCCCGAUGCGGAGCAAGGGCUAGCGAUAGAUAGGUGUAUUGUGUCAAGAACGGCGAGGAGGUUGUUUGAGGGGAAGGUCUUGUAUCAUAUGUCAUAA